CGUUUUCGACACACCCUCUACUCAGAGACUUGUCCGGGACGCAGCUACAGUACCUACUUUUUUGUGACGAAAUUGUGCAAUCCGCACUCGGACCUGCGAACGGCAGCAAUACAGCGUUUAGUGCCGGAAAUUCACACGAAGAAGAAGAAAAGCUAAAAGGGUUGUGAAGUUGAUUGAGGCUGGACAUGCAGGAGUUGGUUAGCAGCGAGCUAUUUUAAACCGAAAAACAACAAUACAGCUAAAACUGAACUGUUCACUGGGGUCUGAAGACUCGUUUAGAUGGUGUGGUGAUGGCAGAGCGUCGUGUGGAGUGCUCAUGGAAGAGGCACGUCGCAGAGCAACUGAAGCAGAGGGACCGUGUGCAGCGGCAGGCCUUCGAGGAGAUCAUCCACCAAUAUAACCGUCUCUUGGAGAAGUCCGAUCUACAGGCUGUUCUUUCAGAGAGAUAUCAGUCGGACAAAUAUGACUUUCAGAACAGACAUGACAGCAGCCCGGGGGUGGACUCAAGUCGCAGCGACAACCUACAGCAGGAGAUGGCCAAGAUGCGAAUCAGGCACCAGGAGGAGCUGACAGAGCUUCAUAAGAAACGGGGCGAGCUGGCCCAGAGUGUGAUUGAGCUGAACCACCAGAUUCAGCAGAAGGACAAGGAGAUUCAACGCAAUGAGGCCAAGAUGCAGGAGUACCAGCGGCAGAUUGCCGAGCUGGAGGGCGAGUGCCGGGAGCUGCGUGGUCAACUGCAGGACCUGGAGCAGGCCAACCAGACGCUGAAGGAUGAGUACGACGCCCUUCAGAUCACCUUCGGUGCCCUGGAGGAGAAGCUGCGGCGCACCACCGAUGACAACCAGGAGCUGGUGUCGCGCUGGAUGGCCGAGAAAUCCCAAGAGGCCAACAAGCUCAACGCGGAAAACGAGAAAGAUUGCAAGCGCAGACAAGCCAAGCUUCAGAAGGAGCUCGCAGACGCUGCAAAGGAGCCCCUGCCCAUGGACCCGGACGACGACAUCGAGGUUCUAGCUGAGGAUUCUGGGAAAGGCACUGGAGAGGCCUCUCCCAACCGGCCGCUCAGCCGCACCCCCAGUAAACGUAUCUCCGGACAGCCUCCUCAAAGCGGCCUGUUGGACUCAAUCUCCAACAUAUUUGGCGUGUCUGAGUCUGUGGAGCCCGGACUCCUCCCUCCAGACUCCAGGCGUCGUCCUGGGAACUCGUACGGAACAUCACCCGAAAACACGGAGACCCCCUCCGGAGUGUGUGCCGAUGUCCGUGUUCCCUCCACGGCCCUCCACGUAUUUGACGCCCAUGACGGGGAGGUGAAUGCGGUGCGGUUCAGCCCAGGCUCCCGACUCCUGGCCACCGGAGGGAUGGAUCGCAGGGUCAAGCUGUGGGAGGUGGUCUCAGGUCGCUGUGAGCCGAAGGGUGCUCUGACUGGCAGCAACGCCGGGAUCACCAGUAUAGAGUUUGACAGUGCUGGCUCCUACUUGCUGGCUGCAUCCAAUGACUUUGCCAGUAGGAUCUGGACUGUGGAUGACUACAGACUGAGGCACACGCUGACAGGCCACAGCGGGAAGGUGCUGGCGGCUCGCUUUCUCCUGGACAACGCUCGUAUCGUCUCCGGGAGCUACGACAGGACUCUGAAACUGUGGGACCUGCGCAGCAAAGUCUGCAUGAAGACUGUGUUUGCUGGGUCCAGCUGUAAUGACAUAGUCUGCACAGAGCAGUGUGUCAUGAGCGGCCAUUUUGAUAAGAAAGUGCGGUUCUGGGACAUCAGAGCGGAGAGUAUAGUCCGCGAGCUGGAGCUCCUGGGCCGAGUCACGUCUCUUGACCUGAACCACGACCGCACCGAGCUGCUCACCUGCUCCCGGGACGACCUGGUUAAGAUCAUUGACCUGCGCAGUAACGCGGUCCGCCAGACCUUCAGUGCUCAGGGCUUCAAGUGUGGCGCUGACUGGACCCGAGUCACCUUCAGUCCCGAUGGCAGUUAUGUGGCGGGGGGCUCUGCAGACGGAGCUCUGUAUGUGUGGAACGUCUUGACGGGCAAGUUGGAGCGCACCCUGGACAAGAACCACUGCUCGCCCAUCAACUCGGUGUCCUGGUCGCCAUCGGGAGCCUACGUGGUCAGUGUGGAGAAGGGCAGCAAGGCCGUGCUCUGGUCUGAUAUGUGAUUGGCCAUGCUCUGCUCUGACCCUCUGCCAUUGGGUGACUGGCUGUCUGUCUGGACUGUUCAAUGGAGGCACAGACUGGACAGGGGGUUCCCUAGCCCCACCCUCUAAUGUCCAACCCCCCCAUCACUUUGCCUGACUGGCAUUGGACCAUUCUGUGCUCCGACGCGUUGGGGGGGGGUUUCUUGCCUAUAGGAAGGAGGUCAUCCGGUGUCAGCAGAGCGUUAGUUGGUGUCCAGUUGAAAGUGUCAGUGAAAAGAGCCAUGAAGGCAGAGUUUUCUCUUGAAGUAAAACGAAUUCAUAUAUCCAUUUGAAAUGAUAUCCAAGCAAGGAGAGUGAGAGUUAGACAGUUGAUCUAAGAAAUGACAUUAUAAAAUAGUUGUUGCCAAAUUGCCACUAUAAACAGAGCUGGAUUGUCUGUGUUUACGACUGCAAUCGGACACGUGGUUAGUUUUACAAGACCUUGGGGUGGGCAGAGGCUUUUUAAAGUUGAAGUCUGUCUGUGUUCGUCUCCUGGGCCCACUUUUUCAAAACUUAUCUGAUCGGAUUUCGGCAAUUGGAUACAAUUAAAUCCAUAGAAAUAGAAUUAAUAGAACAGGCGUAUCAUUGACUUGAAUGUGGACGUCCGUUCGAUUAUUUCUAUGUAUUUAAUCCAAUCAAAUUGCCGAAAUCAGAUUACUUUGAAAAACUGGGCCCAGGUUUCACUUUUAAAUCCGAUUCCUGUUUUUGGCCUUAAAAAAUAUAUAAGAAUGCAUGGCAACCGUAACGGAGAGCACUGAUAUUGUGCAGUUCCCGGUAUUUCUAAUGUGUAGCAGUAUUUCCAUUCACUUUACACCACCCUGGCUGUGUACGAAAUGGCACAAGGUGGGUGGUUGGAUAUUGGUUGUCUCAAACUGGUUGGGAGCAUUGAGUUGUCAAGGGUCAAGUUAAUACUGUAUUGCAGUGCUCUUCAAUCCUUGUCCUGGCUACCAACAGGGUCUGUUAUAUGGUUGUGUUAUAGGUCUGCACCAACACACCACAACAAGUGCUUAAGCAGUUGUACUGGGCUGGAACAAAAGCCUACACACCUUGUGGGUCCUCGGGACCAGGAUUGAAUAACACUGCUGUAAGGAGUGUGAAGACGUGUUGUUGUGGACAAGACUAAGCACAAUUCUCCAUAACAAACAAACUUGUGCCAAUCACAAUGAAACAUGCCCUCGAUGUAACAUUUAAACAGGGAAUGCUCUGUUUGAGAUGACAAUUCUCUAGACUGUUGGAAUGCACACACACUUGGCACAAAUCUGCUUAAGACUAUUUAUUCAGGUGUUUGUUCAGUGUUAUGUCCUAUCAGUCACUGUCAGCAUCAAAAUAAUGCAAAGUUCCGGUCUUGGAGGUCCACAGCGUGUGCUGGUCUUCUUGAAACUCUGUACUUGAUCGAUCAAUACUAGACCCGUUUAUUGGUCAGCUCACCUCGAUUCCAGGGGUGAAAUGCUGGGCCGCUUUCUGGAGGGAUGCAUAGUUCAGGACGUUACAAGAAACGUUUUGUUUAGAGCUGUCAUGAUUCCCAUUUAUAAAAGCAUGUACAGUAUGUUCUAAUCUACAUCAUGUAUUUGUAUCUUUACUUUUAUGUAGACCUAAAGCUGACCCCAUCUUCCAAAGUUGCUAAGCAGACACUGUGGUCCUCCAGAGACUGGGGAUUAGCUCCACUCCUUAAAACUUGCAUGUUGUAUUUGUUCCAGUCUUUUUCAUUACAAUGGACAUAUGUGUCAUGUUUACAUGAUGCUGUUCUAAAUAUCAAUUACUAGUAUCUUUCGCCACAUGGGCAGGGAACCCCAGUCCCUCAAGGAUCACCUGGUCCAAUGGGAUCUGCUGACAAAGGGCCAGGUUCAGUAGUGAAACAUUGUCGAACAUUGCAGGUAGCAAUACCAUAAAUAGAUUCAACAUGAUUCCUUGCUUCAAUAUGUCAGAGAGCCAUGUUCUACAUAUUUCUAUCUGGAAGUUACACAAUGUUGAGUCCUGAGGCGUAUACUACAAAGCAAGAUCAAUGCUUUAGCCAGCAAACUUGCCUAAAUAUUCGGAAAAAACUAAUUUUUUAGAAAGAUACGUUUGAAAAUGCAUGGUCUGAUUGAACUAACAACCAAAAGCACAUAUCUUAGUUUAGCUUUCCUAAUGAACCAGAAAAUCUGUGAUUAUUUCUGUUUAUCAAAGUUAGCUGGCUAACUCAUUGAUCCUGCUUUGUAGUAUAUACUUCAGUUCACCCCUGUCAUAUCCAUUAUGAUCUAAAAGGCAAAAAGUGAUCUGAGACAAUGUAUGAAUACAUGCCCUGGAUGAUACAAGGCACUGAUAAGAUUGAACAGGGGAUUCUCUCUAAAGAGUGUUCUGUUGAAAUAGGCCAGCAUAUCCUCUUCAGGGUCAUGUUCAGUAGGCACCAAAUAGAAGAAAACGGACUGAAACAGAGAGGGACUACCUGGACUUGUCCAA